AUCUGUCAGACCGGACUCGUGACCCAGAGACAAACUCUCCUCUUAUCUUGCGAAAGAGACAUUGUUGACGCCUUCAUAACACGUGCCAGAAGAGGACUCGACGCCUCAUUUCGCAUUUAGCAGGAUCUAGGCAAACAGGAAAAAAAGGAUACCGCGCAGAAUGGAUCGGAAGACAUUGACAUCACUUAUUCUCCUCGUGACGAUUUGCUUGUCGUGGGCCCAUAAAUCAGGUUCGUCUGACGAUGGUUCUCCCGUUGUCACUCGAAAUAAACGGAACAUUGCCCAGUUCGCUAGUAUGAUUAAAUGCGCCACCGGUCGCUCGGGCUUGGAUUACAAUAAUUACGGCUGCCACUGCGGGAUAGGUGGGGGAGGAACCCCGGUGGAUGCAACAGACAGAUGCUGCGAGGCCCAUGACAAAUGCUAUGAUGAUAUCAUCGCCGAUGACAGCCUCGGCAUUUUAGGGAUUUGCUCCCCGUAUGUGGCCACAUACAAGUGGAGCGAUAGCAGCUGUGACGAUUCGCCGCCAACACCAACAUGCAUUACCACCGGGUGGUUAAACACGAACUGUAAGAAAAGAACUUGCCAGUGCGAUAAGGAUGCGGCAGACUGCUUCCGUGCAGCUCAAGAGACUUACGAUGGAGAAAAGUACAAGGGCUACGACAAGGAUAACUGUUCUUAAGAUCCCAAUCCAACUCCGACUCCAACUCUGACCCCAACUCCAAGUUCUAGUCAUAUUCCCAUCUUGACCCCCCCCCCCCCCC